AUGGGUUGGACAACAUCGCUUCGAUUCGGCUGCGAGACAGAUUGCAAAACUUAUCCUCGUGAUUGCAUCAGCGAGAACCUGGUCCGACGCAUUGCCGAUCGAAUGAAGAACGAUGGUUGGGUUGAACUGGGUUAUAACCACCUGGUGUUAGAUGACUGCUGGUCGGCGAAGAAACGUGACCCCCGUACUCAAAGACUGGAACUGGAUCCUGAGAGAUUUCCUGGUGGCAUUGAAUCUUUGCAGAACUACCUAAAAAACAGAGGAAUUCAUCUCGGCCUAAGCUUGAACUAUGGAACUGUCACAUGUCGGAACUACCCGGGAAGUUUGCAACAUCUCGAACAAGAUGCCCACCGAUUGGCCAAUUGGGGUGUGGAAUACAUCAAAUUGGACAGUUGCUUCUCUCCCCCCGACCAGUUGGAACUAGGUUCGGAGAUGUUCGCGAAUUAUCUGAAGGACACGCACCGACCAGUGGUGUUUGGUUGUACCUAUCCGGCUUAUAUAAACUGGACAUCUGAUUACAAUUUGCUCGACUGGGACAAAUUGGUUCAAGUGUGCGACUCAUGGCGCUGGUCACCUCCUACGGAUGGAAGCUGGAGAGCGGUUCGAGAUACACUGAAUUUGUACAAAAGACAUGUAUAUCAAUUACAACUUGCAGCGUACGAAAAGCACUGGAAUGAUUUCGACGCCCUGGCACUAGGCAACUACGGUCUGUCGGAUGACCAGAAACGAGUACAGAUGGGAAUGUGGUGUAUGCAUGGAUCACCGCUCAUGAUCUCUGCCGAUUUCGACACGUUAGAUCCGGUCAGCAAGGAAUUGUUACGGAAUAAAAAUUUGAUUGCGAUCAAUCAAGAUGAUUUAAACUAUCCUAGUGUGCCCGUAACUAGAACUGGUGAAAAUAUUCAAUUUUGGAUUCGCCAACUAAAGAGUAUUCCAAGCACCGUUGGUGCAUUAACCAUUAUCAAUAUGAACUCCGGUGGCAUCACGGUAUCCUUUGCAUUUAGCAUGCGAACAGUAUUCUCUGUACUACCCCAUGCACCGUCCGGCUAUUCCAAGUUGAUCGACGCAUUCACCGGAACAGAGUUUGCUGUGGUCUCGAACCAUCAAAAAGUGACCGUUCCGGUCAAUCCGAAUGGUAUCGUUCUCUAUCUCAUCCAACCCGUGUUAAACGGUACUCGUGAGAACUGCCAUUGA